AGAAGCUAGUAGCUAAUGUAGAGAAGAAUAUUAGCCCCCAUUUAGGAGCCGACCCAAACAAAGCCUGCUUUCGAGCCGACUGAAAAUAUUCAUACCUCUUAACAGAUAUCUCUGCAAAAGCUGUUCACAAGUCUCAGAACUCAGACACACUGUUUCCAUAAACCCUAGACAGGAUCUCUCUUUCUCUCUCUAAUUCUCCAUAAUAAAACCCCUUCAUCAUCUUCCCACAAUUCCCCCGAAGCCCUCUAUUUUUCAUUCACUUUGCUUUAAACUAGGCACUCUUCAUUUCAACUUCAACUUCAACUUCAACUUCAACGGCUCUGUAGUCUAUACUCUAUACAGUAAGAGAAAAACUAAGUAGAAAAAUGCCAUCAGAUCAUAUGAGUGAAAAGAAGACUACGAAGUCAAGCCAAGUGGGAGCUCCACCGCCGGAGCCAGAGCACCUCCCUUGCCCACGCUGUGACUCCACCAACACUAAGUUCUGCUACUACAACAACUACAACUUCUCGCAGCCCCGUCACUUCUGCAAGUCCUGCCGCCGCUACUGGACUCAUGGUGGCACCCUCCGUGACGUUCCAGUUGGCGGUGGUAGCCGGAAGAAUGCUAAACGUUCACGCACUGCCAUUGUCCACACUAACAACACUGCUUCCAACGGCUCAGAUUCCUUUUCCUCUGUUCAUCAUGACUUCCACCACUUGCCCGCCACCAGUUCUCAGCUUCUGAUCCCCUUCGCGGCCGAUCACUGCGGUGCCGUGCCGUAUGCUGCUGAUGUUAAGCCUAUGUGUGGAAGUUUCACUUCAUUGUUGAAUCCCCAGGGCACUGGGCUUCUGGCAUUAGGUGGCUUUGGGCUUGGAAUUGGGUCUGGGCUCGAGGAUGGGGCAGUUGGGCUUGGAAGAGUAGUCUGGCCCUUUCCCGGGGCCGUAGAAGGUGGGCUCACCAGCGGCAGUGUCGGUAACACGUGGCAGAUUGAGAGUGGAGAUAAUGGAUUUGUUAGUGGUGGGGAUUGUUUUAACUUGCCAGAUCUAGCUAUUUCCACACCUGGGAAUGGCAUGAAAUGAAAAAAAAAAAA